CAUUUCUACACAGAGGUAAAACGCACGUGCUUUCCCUCUCUUAUAACUCGCAAGGCCUCUGCUCCUCCUCCUCCUCCCCAUUCUGCUCUCCUCCAUUUGUAUAUCUUCGCACAAAACCAUUCCAGCAAUGGGAAAUUGCCAAGCGGCGGAAGCAGCUGCAGUCCUGCUACAACACCCAAGUGGCCCUUCCGAGAAAUUCUACCACUCGCUAAGCGCCAGCAACGUCAUGGCCUCUAAUCCCGGCCACUAUGUCGCCGUCAUCAUCACCUCACGGUCUAACCCCAACUCCUCCGGCUCUGCCUCCGCCGCUCCGGUGAAGUACCUCAAGCUUCUCCGCCCCGACGAUACCCUCCAUGUCGGAUACAUCUAUCGUCUAAUUAGCUUCCAAGAAGUUCUCAGUGUAUUUAAGUCGAAGAAGAAAGUGAGGCUUAGCAAAUUGAUUGUUGGCUGCAAGGACAAGAGGAAGAGCUGCGAGAGUAGAGGAGGCGGAGAUCGAGCGGCUGAGUCCAGCGAUAGCUCGCCGCCGGCGACGGCGGCGGAGGACGACGGACGGCAGUGCGGAGUAGGGACAGUUUCGCUCUUGAGGCCUUCGCACUGGCGGCCAGCAUUGGAGAGCAUCACGGAGGUUGAAGGGAGCUGAGCCCGCCGGCGGUGCGGUGAAUUUAAUCACUGUUGAUCACAGGAAAGUUACUGAAAGAUUUAUAUGUCUUCAUUAAUAGAAUGAGAGAGAAUUAUUUAUUCGAGUAUUGGGAUGGGAAAGCAUCAAUGCUUAAUCCGAAGUAGUUAAGCGUCCACUUCGAAUUAGUUGGCAUGUUAUGAUUUUGUUUGGAAAAAUCUGUUUAUUGAAAGGGAUUUUAAGAGUAUUUUAAUUAGGAGUAAGUAUGGAUGUUUGUCU